AUGUAUCAUUAUUCUCACACCACCUAUUUUUAUCGAUAUCUUCAUCCAGACAAGAUAAAUAUUACAUUUUUAAGUAUUUACACCUUUGUUUACAACACAAGAGAAAUUCCAUCUUCAAAUGAUAUAGAUAAAUUUAUUUUUCUAGGUCAUAUCAUAGAUAAACUUGGGAUACGUGAUCAUCCAAAACUGGUUUGGGUGGCAAGAGAUUCCUUUUUAACUCCUUCAAUGAAUGGUAUAAAUGUUUCCUUUCAAGAGUAUAUCGAGUAUUUCAUGGACCGAACCACCAGAGAACGAUAUGAUUGGGAGGACAGGGAUGCCAGUUUUCAAAGGAAUGAAUUAAGUAGUAUAUUCAAGUCGGUUCUAGCAAGAUCUUUACCAUCGCCAACCAAUUCAAUUGACAUUAUCGGUAACCUAGACACUCUCAGUGACGAUCAACUCUAUCCAAAUUUCAUUUCUGAAAUGAAUCAUCUUAAACUAUUGAUCAAUGAUGGAAUUGAUGAAAAGAUUGGUUUCAAUGGUUUACCAAUUGAUGCUAAAAUUGAAUCUUAUACGAGAGCUGUAAAUAUUCCUAUUCGUACUCCAUCACUCCAAGUGUACCCAGACAACUAUGAUUUAGUUGAUAAUAAACUAGUUAAAACAAGUAGACCAAGAACAAAGCUAGUAGUAAAUCGUGCUGCAUUGGAACUGAUUAGAGAUCAAUGUGGCAAUCAACGUAUCUCUGUCAUGUUGGCUGACAAACCCACAUCUCCGAAUAGUAUUCUCCGUUCAGGCAAAUCAUACAUAAGUUGUUUACUUGGACCGAGAAAUAACUUUCAAAUUGGAUGCUCAGUCGAACCAGAUUGGGUGAGGAGUGAUAUCUGGAUGGCAACCACCAUCCCAGAGCACAACGGCAAACGUGUCCUAUUGGUCGACACUCAAGGUCUCGAAGGAAAUACCAAUUCAAUAACUGAAAUGCUCAUACCAAGCAAAAGUGCCAUUGGAAGAUUCAAAAGAAGAAGAAGCUCACACGAGAGAUGUAGAUCGAUAUUGAAAUCUAAAAGAUCAUAUCAAUCAAAUUUUGUACCAAAAAGAUCAAUACCAUUUAAAAUCAUCUAUAUAUUUGAUUGUAAUGAUCAUGAUGCAAAGAAGCAGGAGCUGAUCAACCUAGGAUUCAUCUAUCCAUCCUCUAUAGCAAUGGUUGAUUUAAAUGUCGAGGUCAGAUUUAAAAAACCAGGUUGCCAAACUUGGAUUUCUAGUACUAGUAUUUAUGUGUACCCAGACAACUAUGAUUUAGUUGAUAAUAAACUAGUUAAAACAAGUAGACCAAGAACAAAGCUAGUAGUAAAUCGUGCUGCAUUGGAACUGAUUAGAGAUCAAUGUGGCAAUCAACGUAUCUCUGUAUUGUCGGUGAAUGGUCUCCUCCGUUCGGGCAAGUCAUACCUCAUCAGUAGAUUGUUAGGAUCAAGUAAUGCCUUUUCCCUUGGUAAUGAAACUGAACCGUGUACACAUGGUAUCUGGAUAGCAACACACAUCCCAGAACAUAAAGGUAUGGGUGUCAUAUUGAUGGAUUGUGAAGGUAUCGGAUCGGCUGAAACGAGCACCAAUACCAAUCAUGACAUGUCUAUCUUUCUACUCAGCUGUCUAUUAUCUAGUACAUUUGUAUAUAAUAGUCUCAGUCUUCCAAAUGCUAACGACCUAGAUAAACUUGCUGUUGUAACUAAUCUUUUCACAAGAUUAAAAAUCAAAGAAGGAGAGAAAAUCGAUAAUCCACAACAUCUAGUCAAUCAUAUGCCACACUUUGUUUGGGUGUUGAGAGAUUUCUAUCUCACACCAUCGAUUGACAAACAAACUGUCACUGCUCAACAGUAUAUGAAUAAUUUGAUGACAACCAAUAUGAAUUUUUUACCUCCUCCAGAAGAAACUACUCGUAAUCAAGUCAAACAGGUGUUGCUCACUUGCUUCAAGUCGUUUAAAGUCAAGACUACUGCAACACCUAGCUCCAGCGGUGAAAUCUUGAGAACAAUGGAUACUACCGACGCAAGAGACUUGAACCCCGAAUUCACUGGAUUCAAUGGUUUACCAAUUGAUGCUAUAACAUUUACCUAUUUAGUUGAAUUAUAUACAAUAGCUGUAAAUGAUCCAAAUAUUAUUCCAACUUUGGAAAGUACUUGGGGAAGUACGAUGAAGAUUAGAAUCAAUUCUACAAUUGAACAAGCAGAGCGUUUCUAUAAAAAGGAAAUGAUUGCUCAAUUGACAAAGAAACCUCUCCCAGUGGAAUAUGAAACAUUAUUAAAUAUCCACUCUGGCAUUAUCGACCAAACAAAUAAUAUUGUCAAUGAUUCAAUUGGUCAUUUGGUUGAUCGUGUUGAAUUGGAGCAUAUCGCUGUUUUGGUCAAGGAACGACUAUACUGUUUCAAUAACAUUUCAUGCAAUGUUGUUGACAUGUUGGCUGCUUUGGAUCUAUUAAAGGCAGAGUUUCUAGCAGAGUCGAUUGGUCCAGCCAAGAAUGCUGUCAUUAGUGAAUUUGAAGCAUCUGUCACUAAAAACAUCAAGCAAUUCAAGAAACUUAGGGAAUCUGAAAAAGAACUCGUCGAGAAAAGGGAAGCCAACGAAAUGUAUCAAACCAAACUCAGAGAAUCUGAUCAAAAAUGCAAAGAUCUGCAGGUCACCUUUGACAACCAAGUCAAAGAGUUUUCACAUACUAUUGCAUCGAUUCAAAAGAAACAUGAAGAGAAUAUGACCCAACUUGCCAAAGAUAUGGAACAACAAAGAAUAGACUAUGACAAUAGAAUCAUUCAAGCCGAGGCAACACACAACACCAACAUGGCAGCUCAACAAACUGGAUUCAAAAAUGAAAUGGAUAUCUUGUCUGCCAAAGUGGUUUCAUUAAAUAGUGCUUUACAAAAAGCUCAAAGUAAUACAGGAGGAGGAGGAGGAGGAUGGUUUAAAGCAGAUCUGACAACAUCAUUUCAUUUCAUUUCAUUAUCUUGGGUAUACAAGAGAGAUACAACACAACAUAAAGUAUUAUCUUUUUUUAUUUUAAUAGAAGAGAGAAUGUUUAAUUUACGAUUAUAUUUAAGCAUCAUGGUAGUGAUGUUGAGUGCCUCUUUUUCAAGGGCAUCUAUAUUUGCAACAAACUCUGUUGAUUGUACAUAUAAUGGAUUUAAUCUAUCAAAUCUUACAAAUUCAGCUGCUGCAGGAUACCAAGUAACAUCAAAUAGUGGUAAUAUCUAUUAUUUCAAUGUAUGCGGACUUGUAAAUGAAUGUGUAAAAUCUACUCAAGAUGUUAGUGUAUGCCAAAAGGGUAAAGCUGGUGGUUUAACCAACUUUGGUGAAUUGGAUCAAAUGACAUUUACUGAUAUUGCCGAUGGAGGUAGAGGUGUAGCUAUUGUCUACGAAACAACUAGUGGUGUUUGUCCAAAUGGUAAUAACCGUACUACUACCGUAAACAUUAGAUGUUCAAAUGUAACUCAAGUCGUCGGUGCUGUCGAUGGUAAUUGUCUUCCAGUCAUUGAAAUGACCAUGAUAUGUCCACCAGAAUCACCAAAAUCCUCUGGAAUUGGAGGUGGUUGGAUAUUUAUUAUUAUUUUAUUGGUAUCAGCAACAGUAUAUAUUCUAGUUGGAUCAAUUGUCAACUGGAAGAUUAGACAUCACCAUGGAUCUGAUAUCUUCCCCAACAAGACAUUCUGGGUUGGAUUUGGUGCAUUGAUCAAAGAUGGUGUAUACUACAUCAAAGGCAAAAUUAGCGGUACUCCAUAUCGUGGAUACCAAGAAGUUUAA